AUGGUGGUGGACCAGAUGGCAAAUAUGGAUAUGGACCAGGAGGCAAAGGUCGUGGUGGUCCUGGUGGUCCAGGUGGUCCGGUUAGACCUGGUGGUCCAGGUGGUCCUGGUGGCCCAUUUUGUCCAGGUGGUCCUGGUGGCCCAUUUGGUCCAGGUGGUCCAGGUGGCCCAUUCGAUCCAGGUGGUCCUGGUGGCCCAUUUGGCCCUGGCGGACCACCUGAUCCAGGUGGUCCUGGUGGACCAUCUUUCCCUGGGCGACCAUGUGGUCCGGUUAGUCCUGGUGGACCAGGUGGUUUGCCGGGAGGACCAGGUGGCUUCCCAGGCGGACCAGGUGGCUUCCCUGGUGGACCUGGUGGGUGUCCGGGUGGACCUGGCGGCUUCCCUGGUGGACCAGGUGGUUUCCCAGGCGGACCUGGUGGUUUCCCAGGUGGCUUCCCUGGUGGACCAGGUGGUUUCCCAGGCGGACCUGGUGGGUGUCCGGGUGGACCUGGUGGUUUCCCAGGUGGACCUGGCGGCUUCCCUGGUGGACCAGGUGGUUUCCCAGGCGGACUCGGUGGCUUCCCUGGUGGACCAGGUGGUUUCCCAGGUGGACCUGGUGGUUUACCAGGUGGACCAGGUGGCUUCCCUGGUGGACCAGGUGGUUUCCCAGGCGGACCUGGUGGGUGUCCGGGUGGACCAGGUGGGUGUCCGGGUGGACCAGGUGGUUUCCCAGUUGGACCAGGUGGUUUCCCAGGUGGACCUGGUGGGUGUCCAGGUGGACUAUGCUCAAAUGGAGUAAAACCUGCUCUUGAUGGCACCUGUCUCUUUACCUGAGCAGAAAGACAGCUG